AUGCGAACACGUUAUCGGGCUCAUAAGGAAGCAUUGGAGUAUUACAAUUGGUGUCAUCCACCAGUAGCAAAUGAUACUAAGCCACUGAAGGCUUUCUCUGAUCCGAAAAUCAAUGACAAUCAAUCUAGCAUUAAUAUCAGGCUAGCCAUCUCGGCCAACACUUUUGAAAUCAAGUCGGGCACUAUUCAGAUGGUUCAGAACUCAGUUCAGUUUGGGGGUUCUCCGACAGAAGAUCCUAAUAUGCAUAUUCGGGAUUUCAUCGAGAUCUGCGACACUUUCAAGUUCAAUGGAGUUACUGAAGAUGCCAUCAAAUUGAGGCUAUUCUCAUUUUCUCUGAGGGAUAAAGCUAAGGGAUGGUUGCAUUCUCUACCUGCAGGAUCUAUUACGACAUGGGAGGAUCUGGCUUUGGAAUGCUACAAGGAGAUGCUUCGAAAGUGUCCUCAUCAUGGGAUGCCGAAUUGGAUGGUGAUAGAUUGCAUCCAUUAUGGCUUGGGACCUCAAUCGAGGCCAAUGCUCGACGCAGCAUCAGGUGGAGUUCUAUGGACUAAGAGCUAUGAUGAAGCUUACGAGUUGAUCGAGAUGAUGGCUGCGAAUGAAUAUCAGAAUCCUACUCAACGUCUUCAUCAGGGCAAAGCAGCAGGAAUUCUGGAUAUUGAUGCUACUACAACCAUAGCUGCUCAGCUUAAGGCUCUUAUUAUGAAGGUGAAUUCUUUAGCAAACUUGGGAGUGCAUCAGCCACCUAUUGUUUGCGAGCUUUGUGCGGGUACACAUUCUACUGAUCAGUGGGCCAUAUCUAGUGAAUCAGCUCAGUUUGUGAGCAAUUUUCAGAGUUCUCAGCAAGAAGGAAGUGAAAGAACAAGUUCAAGCAGUCACUUGAGGUACGGAAAGGUUACGAAGGAAAAAGAAUCAGCAGCAGAGCAUAACAAAGAAGAGAGCAAUCAGCAGGUUGAAACACCCGUGCUCUCAUCUGAGUCAGAUAGUGGAAAAACUGUUGUUGGGGCUGAUUUGAAUGAAAGCAACGAGGAUGCAAGCAAGGAUUCCGCUGAAAAAUCUACUCCUAAACAUGAUGAUGGGGUCAAGCAAGUAUGUCCAUAUCCCAAAAGACUUCAGAAGCAGAAGCUCGACAAGCAAUUCGCCAAAUUUCUGGAGGUAAUUUUCAAGAAAUUGGAGAUCAAUAUACCUUUUGCGGAAGAUCUAGAACAUAUUCUGAGCUAUGCUAAAGUCAUGAAAGGUAUUCUUUCUAGGAAACUCAAGCUUGAGGAGUUGGAGACUGUAGCUUUGACGGAGGAGUGCAGUGCGGUGUUGCAACAGAAAUUACCGCCGAAAGUCAAAGAUCCAGAAAGUUUCACAAUACCGUGCACUAUUGGGCAACUAUCUUUUGACAAGUGUCUAUGUGAUUUGGGAGCUAGCAUUAAUCUGAUGCCUUUGUCUAUUUUCAUGCAACUUGGUCUUCCAGAGCUGAAACCUACUAAUAUGUCUUUGCAACUAGCUGAUCGAUCCGUUACAUAUCCGAGGGGUAUAGUCGAAGAUGUGUUAGUAAAGGUGGAUAAGCUCAUCUUCCCUGCUGAUUUUGUCAUUCUCGACUUUGAGGAAGAUAAAAAAAUACCCAUCAUCUUGAAAAGACCAUUUCUAGCUACAGGGUGGACAUUGAUCGAUGUAUUAAAGGGUGAAUCACAAUGA